AGCGCGCGCGCGUCCCCGAGCACGGGAAGGAGGGGCCGGUGACAGUGCGGAGCUCCUGCCAGCGUCCGCGCCUCGGGAGCGGCCGGACGGAAGAGAAGGUUCGCUAGACGCCGGUCGGCUGCCCGACCUUUCGGACUCAAAGCCGAGCUGAACGGCCGCGGCUUCUGGUUGGUCGGGGAGGCGCUGCGGCCACCUCAGGAAGAUGUUUAACGUGGAGUCUGUGGAGCGGGUGGAGCUGUGCGAGAGCCUGCUCACUUGGAUCCAGACCUUUAAUGUGGAUACACCAUGCCAGACUGUGGAAGAUUUAACGAAUGGGGUGGUGAUGUCCCAGGUUCUUCAAAAGAUAGAUCCUGCAUAUUUCGAUGAUAAUUGGCUAAACAGAAUCAAAACUGAAGUGGGAGACAAUUGGAGAUUAAAGAUAAGUAAUUUAAAGAAAAUUUUAAAAGGAAUCUUGGAUUACAAUCAUGAGAUUUUAGGACAGCAGAUUAAUGAUUUUACCCUUCCUGAUGUGAACCUAAUUGGGGAGCAUUCUGAUGCAGCAGAGCUCGGAAGGAUGCUCCAGCUUAUUCUCGGCUGUGCUGUGAAUUGUGAACAGAAGCAAGAGUACAUUCAAGCGAUUAUGAUGAUGGAGGAGUCUGUUCAGCAUGUUGUCAUGACAGCCAUUCAAGAGCUAAUGAGUAAAGAGUCUCCUGUCUCUGCUGGAAAUGAUGCCUAUGCUGAUCUGGAUCGCCAGUUGAAGAAAACUACAGAGGAACUAAACGAAGCUUUGUCAGCAAAGGAAGAAAUUGCUCAAAGGUGCCAUGAAUUGGAUAUGCAGGUUGCAGCACUGCAGGAGGAGAAAAGUAGUUUAUUGGCAGAAAAUCAGAUAUUAAUGGAACGACUCAAUCAAUCAGAUUCUAUAGAAGAUCCCAACAGUCCAGCAGGAAGAAGACAUUUGCAACUUCAGACUCAGUUAGAGCAGCUGCAAGAGGAAACAUUCCGACUAGAAGCAGCAAAAGAUGAUUAUCGGAUACGCUGUGAAGAGUUAGAAAAGGAAAUCUCUGAGCUUCGGCAGCAGAAUGAUGAGCUAACCACCUUGGCAGAUGAAGCUCAGUCUCUAAAGGAUGAAAUAGACGUUCUCAGACACUCUUCUGAUAAAGUAUCUAAACUAGAAGGUCAAGUCGAAUCUUAUAAGAAGAAACUGGAAGACCUUGGGGAUUUGAGGCGGCAGGUUAAACUCUUAGAAGAAAAGAAUACUAUAUACAUGCAGAACACUGUCAGUCUGGAGGAAGAAUUAAGAAAGGCUAAUGCAGCCCGAGGUCAGCUUGAGACAUACAAGAGACAGGUUGUAGAGCUGCAAAAUAGAUUAUCUGAUGAAUCAAAGAAAGCAGAUAAAUUAGAUUUUGAAUAUAAGCGGCUAAAAGAAAAAGUUGAUGGUCUUCAGAAAGAAAAAGAUAGGUUAAGAACAGAAAGGGAUUCUCUGAAGGAAACCAUUGAAGAGCUCCGUUGUGUCCAGGCUCAGGAGGGGCAGCUCACCACUCAAGGGUUAAUGCCUCUGGGAAGCCAGGAAUCUUCAGACAGCCUCGCAGCAGAGAUUAUUACACCCGAAAUCAGGGAGAAACUUAUUCGUCUACAGCAUGAGAAUAAGAUGUUAAAAAUCAAUCAAGAGGGUUCAGACAAUGAGAAAAUUGCCUUAUUGCAGAGCCUUCUAGAUGAUGCAAACCUACGCAAGAAUGAGCUGGAGACAGAGAACAGGCUGGUGAAUCAGAGACUUCUAGAAGUACAGUCACAAGUAGAAGAACUGCAGAAAUCUUUGCAGGAUCAAGGCUCAAAAGCAGAAGAUUCAGUUCUUCUAAAAAAGAAGCUUGAAGAACAUCUAGAGAAGCUACAUGAAGCCAACAAUGAAUUACAGAAAAAGAGAGCCAUAAUUGAAGAUCUCGAGCCAAGAUUUAACAACAGCUCCUUAAGAAUUGAAGAAUUGCAAGAAGCUUUACGGAAGAAAGAAGAAGAAAUGAAGCAAAUGGAAGAGCGCUAUAAAAAGUACUUGGAGAAAGCCAAAAGUGUUAUUCGUACAUUAGACCCUAAACAGAAUCAAGGAGCAGCACCAGAAAUACAAGCUCUUAAAAACCAACUGCAGGAACGAGAUCGACUGUUCCACUCAUUAGAGAAAGAAUAUGAGAAGACGAAGAGUCAAAGAGACAUGGAGGAGAAAUACAUUGUUAGUGCCUGGUACAAUAUGGGAAUGACUCUACAUAAAAAGGCGGCUGAAGAUAGACUAGCUAGCACAGGUUCAGGGCAGUCAUUUCUAGCAAGGCAAAGGCAAGCAACCAACACAAGAAGAUCCUAUCCAGGCCAUGUCCAGCCAGCCACAGCAAGGUAGAGAGGUCUCGCCAUUAGGGAUUUUUAAAAGGCAUACUUCUGUUACAUAUAACAACAUUUCAGGAAAUCCAGCCGGCUUUGUUUGUUCUCUCCUGUGUUGAUAUUUAGUGUUUCUCACGUGAGGAUCUCUCUUGCAUCUUUUAGUUUCUUUGUCCUUUAUGGUCUUUUCAGUUUCUUUUAAUGUGCCAAAAAUUUGUAAAUGUACAAUUAAAAACGUUGUAUAAUAGUGUAAUACUUUUCUUUGUAUGAAAAUGUCUUCUUCCCCAUUUGUGUGGGCUUUGUAAAGAAUCAGAUUUUCUGCCAAUAAUUGAUACACAAUUUAUAUUCUUUAUCGUGCCUACUGUGUUACCAUACUUUAUAAGAAUGUCUUUGUUUAAAGGGAAUUAAUCUUUUUAUGGUGUAUUAAUCUGUGUUUUCAGUUGUUUUUCAAAUGCACUUGAGAUAACUUCAAUACUUACUGUACUGUCCAGAGUGGUGUCGAGAGCACUUGUGCAAAGGCAGAUGCAUCGGCAGAGGCCAUAGUCAGAUCGUACGGCACCUGGCAGGGUUGCUGGGAGGGAAGAAAGAAGUUUUCAUGUUGUUUUACUAGAAAUUAAACUUACUCUAAGAUUUGGAGUUCAUUUUCAGACCAUAACUAUGUGAAAUGUCACUAUUUCCUGCUGUCAUGUUUGCUGGCAGAAGUGGAAUUGGUGAAGAUGUUUGGGUAGACAUUACAGAGGAUAAAAAAAAUUGGCAGGCUUUUUUUUUCUUCCUUUGAGAUAUCUUAGUAGUUAAGAAUCAGAUUCUAGCCACACACUUUUAAUUGCUUUUCACAUGUAAAAGAUUUAUUUUUCAUAUAGGUAGCCUUCUCUUUGGGGCAGUUCUUUGACUUAUGCCUUAUAUGUUUUAUAUAUUCUGUAAGCCUUCCCUUUUCUCAAUUAAUCUUGAUAGCUAACAUCUUAAUACCAUUAAUUAAGAUCAGUACAUGCCUCUUGUGUGUAAUAUUAUGAUAGAUCUCUUUAUAGUGCUUCCUAACUCUACCUAUGAGUCCAAGAGUUGGUAACUGGAGAGAUUUUGGGGUAUUUGGUUGUUGAAAUUGCUUACAUUGUAUGCCACAUUUAUUUACAUAGAUAAAUGCCUGCUAAGCAGUUGCUGGGAAGCACUUUGUCUAUAUAAGGUAUCAUAUAAUUUUAAACUAUCAUUCAUUUGAAAAUGAUAUACCUUUUGUCUUUCUCCAUAUUGAUUUAUGUAUUUGAUCCCAGGUAAUAUUUAAGGUUUCUUCCAGCUUUUUUCUUGUUCCAAACCACAUUUUUCAAAAGAAAAAGGAAAUCUGGAAUUUGGUCAGAGGGUUAUUUUGUUUGUUUUUAGGUAAGUCAUCUAGUGGAAGAUGUUAUUUUAUGUACUUGCUAUUCAAAGUGCUGAUGUUACUUAGUUCUGUAUAACAGACAAAUAACUUUAAUUCCAGUUUAAUGUGAUUAAGACUUUUCAGAAACUAUAUGCAAGUGCUUCAUUUUAACUCCCUCCUCUUUUAUAAGAAAAUUGACCUAGAAAUUUGUCCUGCAUGUUUUGUUUUGUUUUUGUCAGACAGAGUCUUUGUGUAACCCAGGCUGUCAUGAACACAUGAUCCUCUGGAUUAUAGAUGUGAACCUUCAUACUCAGCUCUUAGAAUGUUUUUUUCCUGAGAACCGUUCUUGAGGAAAGGUAUUAGAACAUAGAGAAAUGACACUAAACAUUGUGCAGCAUUUCUUUAAAAGGUAUUCACUGCGAAUGUCUGAGCACAGUAUGAGGCAUCCGCCUAGGCAGACCAUAAAGCAGCGAGACUUGGAAAUAGUGGAGAGAGCUGUGUGAGGACAGGGCACUGUGGGAGCAGGGCAAACAGACUUUAUCUUUUAGGUCUGGUUUUGUUUAUUUCAAGACAAUCUAGCUGUAUUAUCCAGACUUGCCUCAAAUCCUUUGACUGAAAGCCAUCCUCCUGCCUGUGCCUUCCAAGAGGCUGAAAUUAAGGUAUGUGCUGUCAUCCCUACAUGAUAUGUCAGGUUUGAAAAUAAAAGAUUAAAAUUGGGGCCAGCAAAAUGGCUCAGCUGGAAGAAUACUUGCCGCCAAGCCUGACGACCUCAGCUCGUGAGAUUCCUGGGGUCCAGGUGCUGAGGGAACAAGCUACUCCCAAGGAUUGUUUUCUGACCUCCAGACUCACACAGGUUUAGGUACACACACAUAAAUAUGUGUUAAAAGAUUAAAACUAGACUAAAAUACUCUUACUUCAUCUUUAGUUCACAAAAUAUCUAAAACUCAAGCACUUUUAAAGAAACAAAUUGGUCUAUUAUCCCUACCCUUAAUAAACACUGCUCUUUGAGAAGUUACGCUUGUAGAACAAAGAGGAUGUGAAAGCAGGAGACUCUGGAAGCCACUUUUCAGCUAGGUUUACCUGCGAGGUAAAAACAUCUCAACGUUUUGAUGUUCUGUUUACCUGCCCUCUCUAUGUGCACACCCACCUACCCAGAUAUUUUCUCUAGAUGUUUUGGAAAUGCCUCAAGCUUUCAGAAGGAAAUUUAGCUUCGGAUUUUUAUCAGCAUUUGCUGUGUGCUAAUUUCAGUGUUUAUAACCUUCGCUUUGUUUGUUGUCUGUAUCUUUAAUGUUUGGUGGAUUUCAUUCAGUAAAUGGAAGAAAUAUCGUGUGAUAUUUCAGAAUAAAAUAAAGUAUACUGUCAUAAGAAACAGCAUCCGAACAUAUACUUUAGGCACCAUAAAGCCAAGAAUAAACCUAAAUAAAGCAGUGGCAUCUUUUCCAUUGCGUGGUUUAGGUCAGGACUUAGGGGAUUACAGUUUCUCCGUCAGUGAUCAGGAAUGUUGCAGGUACUCUGAUGAUGAUGUGUGGUCUCCCUAGAAGUUAAGAGAUCAGUGAUGCUGGGCUGUGUCUCCACAGGCUUCUUUUACAGUACUUCCCUGAAGCCUCCUGGCUUGUUCCCUGAAGCCUCCUAGCUUGUCCUGGCAAUACAAGUGAGUAAGGACAGUGGGCAGUGUCCUUGUGUCAGGUUGAGAAGCUGUUGCUAGCAUCAGAGUUCUUGUAACAAGCUUAUUUUCUGUGCCAUCUAUCCAGGGUUUAAAAGAAAAAAAGCCAAAGAAAACUACUUAAAAAAUGACCAUUUAUGUCCCACAUUAUACAUUUAAGAUUAGAACAGGAAAACAGUCCAGUAAAUGUAAUUUGGUUUCUUGCAUCCGAAAUGAAAAUAACUAAUAUAGUUGCACAUAUUUUAAUUUAAUUUUAAAAAUUGGGGCUAGAGAGUUGUCUCAGCAUUUAAGGGCAUUUAUGGUUCUUCCCAAGAACACAGGUUCGUUCCCAUAACUGAAAUGGAAGGUCAUAAUAACCAACCUUCUGUAACUGCAGUUCCAAGGAAUCUUAUACACUCUUCUGACCUCCACAGUCACCAGGCACAUGCAUGUGUACAUGCAUGCAUGUAGGCAAGCACUCAUACACAAAAUAAAUCUAUAAAAAGAAAAUUUAAAGUGGGUCAUAGUUUUCUUUUGUCUGAUUACCUAAAAACAAAAAUAAGUCCCUAAAUAAUUGAUUCAUAUUCAAACUUAAUUUGGAUUGAACUAUUUCUGUCAUCUUGGUAAAAUUAGCUUAAUGUGAUGAUUAAAUUAUAUGGAUGAUAUUGUCCAAUUAUUUUGAAGUUGUUUGGUUAAUGUAAUUUGAUCCCAGCUGCAAAAUCAAGGUAAAUGGUUCUUUUAUUUUGUUUUUCGGGACAGGGUUUCUCUAUGUAGCCUGGGCUGUCCUAGAACUCACUCUGUAGACCAGGCUGGCCUCGAACUCAAGAGAUCCACAUAACCUCUGCCUCCUGAGUGCUAAGAUUAAAGGCAUGUGCCACCACUGCCUGGCAAGUCAAGCUAAAAGUUAUCCGUCAGAACUACCAGUCUAAUUUCAUUAAUUGUUACAGAUCCAGAUAGGGAUUAAUUCUAAAAUAAGUUAGGUCUUGGUGGAAAGAAAGAUGCAGUCAAUGAGCAGUCUUAUUCAUCUUUUCAAUUGCAGUUCUCUUAGUCCUGUUAGUAAAAGGGAAAGGCUUUCGAGGGCUAGGAUAUGCUUAGUUGGUGUAGUAUUCGCUUAGGAUACGUGAAGUACUGGGUUCGGUCCCUAGCAUUUUAGGAGAUGGUUGUACACCUGUAGAAAGUUUGAGUCCAGUUUGGAUCACAUGAGAUUCUACCUUCAAAAAGAAGAAAAUUAUAUAGUUCUUUUGUAAAAUCUUGCUCCCAUAUAAGCAUUGAUCUAUUGUACUAACAAUAACCAUAUUUUAAGCUUUGAAAUAAUUCAUUAUGAGUUAUCAAAUUUAAUUUUCAUUUGUUCAGAUCUCUUAGUACACAAAUGUUGUAAUUGUGUCCAGUUGGGAAAUGUUGUGCCUGAACAUCCACAGUCCAUAUCUUAAAGAGAUCUAGCUAAUUUCCAUUCGCUCGGUUAAUAACAUAAUUCGGCCCCACAGUGAGAGGGACAUAUGUAGUAUCUUUUCUGCUAAGGUGGAAUCACAUGAGUACCACAUGUCUUUGGUUUUCUGCUCAUUAAACCGUGGAAGAACAAUUGGACCUUUGUUGUUUUAGAUUAAUAUUUUUAAUUGGAGGAGGGUGACUUGGGAAGGAUGUGUGCAAGAGCCCGUGGAGGCCAGAAGAAAGCAUCAGAUCCCCCGGGGAUGGAGUUAGAGCUGCCUUGUGUGGAACUUGGGUUCUCUGCAAGAGUAGCCAGCUUUCCUCUCAGCCCCAAGUAUCUGGACUCAUAUUGUGAAGAGGUUUUUUUUUUUUUUUUUUUUUUUUUUUUACCUUUAGAUAGCAAUCAACCUGAUUCAGCUUUGUAUUUAACAGUGAAACAUAUGUGAUAUCCCAGAACAUGGGAACCUGAGGCUGGAAAAAAAUAUAAGUUGGAAGCUCUCCUGGGCUAUACAAUGCGACCUUGUUUCAAAAACCAAAACAAGCGUAUGGCAAACAAAGUAGAAUGGGAAGCCAGGCCUGUUAUCUAGCAUACUCGAGACUACAUUCAGUCCCUAGUACGGGUGAAUGAAUGGAUGAAUACAUAAAUGCAUAAAGUGGGAUAUCUGAAUCUAUAAAAAUUAUUUUAUCAUGUUCUGUUUUCCUUUUUAUAAAUUAAGGGGUUUUUUUAUCCAAUAAAAUUUAACUUUGUUAACUACAGUGCUGCCAGAAUUAAAAGCGAUCCAACCCUUUUUUUUUUUUUUUGGUUUUUGAGACAGUGUCUUUCUCCAUAGCACUGUGUGUCCUGGAACCUUGGAACUCACUAUUGUAGACCAGGCUAUCCUUGAACUCACAGACAUCUGCCUGCCUCUGCUUCCUGAGUGCUGGGAUUAAAAGUAUGCACCAUUGUGCCUGGCGCCUUUUUUUUUAAAUUUAUUUAUUUAUUUUUUUUGGUCAACCCAAUUUUAUUAUGUUUAUUGAGAAAGAGGUUUCAGAACUUACUCUUUUAAUCUGAUUUGAAUAUCCUAUGAUUCUUUUCCCAUUUUCUCUUUUGGUAGGAGGAAGGCUACUCUCAACACAUCUCACACAAUGUUUUACUUUGUAAUAUUUAAGUGAUUGAUGUAUGCUUUUCAUUGAAUAUUUGUCCAACUUUGACACAAUAAUGUUCUAAAUUUUUUAAUACUGUACAGCUCUCAGAAACCUAGAAAACAUGAAAUAAUUUGCUCAUAACUAACUCACUUGCUGAUAACACAGCUAGCUUCUUACCCUUCCUGUCACUUAGAAUUAUCAGUCCUAUGUUUAGUGUCCUGUUUAUAAAAUGAAAGAACCCAAACGUAAUGACAUUUUUCCUUUUAAGUCAUCAGUUAUGCCGUGGAAAGUGUAUACUGGUUAUUUUAAAACAUCUUUUCAAGCCAGGUGUGGUGGUGCACACCUUUAAUCCCCGCACUUGGGAGGCAGAGGUUUGAGAAAUGAGAGCCCUGAACCUAAUUAUGGCUUGUAUGUGAAGUUUGAAAACUGGGGGGGUGGUCCGUAAAUGCAUAUGACUUAUUUGUGUAUAUAAAUUUAAAUAUGUAUAUGUGUAUAUUUCUCGCUCUGUGUGUGUAUAUUAUAUAUAUACACAUAUUUAAACCUAGACAUAGCAAGAUUUGCUUUACAUGUCUCUUCAGUAUUUUUCUGUUAUAAUUUUAGUAAUGUACUGCAAGGUUAAGUCUGAAUGUAGUAUGUAAGUGAAAAUAGAAAUUGAAAAGGUAAAUGGUAAUUAAGACAAGUAAACCCAUCGUAAAGAAUAGAGUGAAUAUUGGUGUACGAAGGAGCCUAAUUAACAAAUAUUUAGGCCAAGAGACAUACUCAGAGAAUAUCUUAUUAAAUGUUAUAGUCAACAAAUACUCCGUCAUUAUUACACAUUUAUCUGAUAAAAGAGUAGGCCAAAACUAAUUUUUUUUUUUUUUUUUUUUUUUUUUUUGGUUUUUCGAGACAGGGUUUCUCUGUGGCUUUGGAGCCUGUCCUGGAACUAGCUCUGUAGACCAGGCUGGUCUCGAACUCACAGAGAUCCUCUUGCCUCUGCCUCCCAAGUGCUGGGAUUAAAGGCGUGCGCCACCAUCGCCCGGCCCAAAACUAAUUUCUAAUUAUCUUUUGAUGAGUAUUAACUAAGCAUAUAAUCUGUUUGUUAUUUGGAGGGAAAGCAUUUCUUUUUAUAAUUAUUAAGAAGUUAUUACUAAGUCUGACACGUGAAUUUAGGAUGUUAAACUUUGAUUUGAUGAGAUGAGAAAAAAAUUAUGAUGGCUAAAAAUGAUCACCAGCUUCCCAACAAGUAUCUGUAUCGUACAUUAUAUAGUUUACAAACCAUUGUCUUAAUGUCCCUCUCAAUUAUAAUUGUACCGCCACAAAAUGUCUGUAUGAAGACAAAAGUAAACUUUUAAAACCAUUCAAAGUACACCUUUAUGUAUCUGAGGCUUUACCACAGGCUCACAGGCAGAUGUUUAGGUCUGAAGAUGAAAUUGUACGUGUCCAUUGUCUCAAAUAUCUCACCUAUAGGGCUAUUAAAACCUGAAUUGUAUCUACUUGGAACUUAAUUAAAUAUUGUGAGAACAAGCUAGUGAGUAAAAGACAACCCUAAUACAUGCUGAGGACAUGAGCACAUGGACGUGAUGUCUGCUCAGACUCACAUAAGACAACCCUAAUACAUGCUGAGGACAUGAGUACACGGAUGUGAUGUCUGCUCAGACUGAACUGACAGUGGUGAGCUCAGCAGCUGUGUUGUCAAAGCAGUGGAGAGAACCUACUUUUGUUCUUGUACUUGGGAACCUGUAGACAAUGAUCACUGUGUCGUCUGUCUAUAGUCUGUUCUACUAGAGACAGGCAUCUUAAUGUUGUCUACCCUCCUUAUCAGUCUAGGUUGUUUAUAUCCACUACAGAAUUUCCAGCAGUUUACUGAUACUAAAUAAUUCUUUCUUUCCUCUUCUGCUGCACUUGAGCGUUUCCUGUUGACAUAUCAGUGUCAUGAAUCAAAAUCUGGAAAUAGCUUAUUCCUAGGUCGGGCAACAACACUGAAGCUGGCUUUUGGUUUUUGUGCUGGGAAUUGAGCUUAGUGCCUCAUGCACUCCAGGGCAAGUGUUCUACAAUUGAACUCCAUGCCCAGCAAAUCAAGACCUCUUGAAUACAAACAUGUUUGAAACUACAUUCUCGUUAAUAAAAUUAAACACUUUCCUGUUUAAUGAGAUUGUCUUACCCUUUGAGGGGUUGUCUCUUAAAAUAAAGACUUGUAGAUUGCUCCUAGUUUUUCCAACCAUUGCAAAUACCCAAAAAGAAGAGAAGGGAAUGCUCG